AUGUUCACAAAUCUCUUCUCUCGCUGUGUUUCCUGGGCUACCCACAAGGUCCGGAAUGCUUUCCUCGCUGUGCUCGCUGCUGGGCCGGUCCCGCGCCACGUAGCAUUCAUCAUGGAUGGUAACCGCCGCUACGCCCGCUCCCACCAAAGACGUGUCCAGGAAGGCCACGCUGAAGGAUUUCUCGCCCUCCGCAGGGUGCUCGAUAUCUGCAUGCGACUUGACAUCCGUUGCGUCAGUGUAUACGCAUUCGCUAUUGAGAAUUUCAAGCGCAGCCCGGAGGAGGUAGAAGCGCUCAUGGACCUGGCGGAAGACAAGUUUACCGAGCUGUGUCGCUACGGCGACCUUCUCGAUCAGUACGGCGUACGCUUGAACAUCGUCGGCAAGAGGAGUCUUUUACCUCCACGCGUUCUGGCGGUCGCGGAGAAGGCAGAACACAUAUCGCGGAAUAACACUAGAGCAAUCCUUAAUUUUUGUAUGCCAUAUGCCUCCCGCGACGAAAUUGCUACGGCUGUAGAAUCAGCUGUGGAAGAAGCUCUAGAGUCGGAAGAUCCAAUUCACUAUAAUAUCACUGAAGAUACAAUCUACGCGCAUCUCAUGACCACAAAGGUUGGGAGCCCCCCGCUCGAUGUCCUUGUUCGCACGAGUGGGGUCUGUAGGUUAAGUGACUAUCUCCUCUGGCAGUGUAGUGAAGACACUCAGUUACAGUUUACUUCGACAUAUUGGCCCGACUUUGGCCUCUGGGAUCUGGUUCCUAUCAUCCUUGACUAUCAACGGAAAGUGUGGUCGCGCUCACACUCUAGGGUCUCGUCUCCCAUACUACCCAGUAACUCGGCUCCACUAGAACAUGCGACUGCUAUCUCUCCAGUAUUGGUAUCGUAG